GAAACGAUCGGCUCGCCGUCCCGAGUUGGCAGAGGCACGCAGUGGGCUGUUUGACGGGAUGGCGAGCCGAAGAUGCGCUCAUCGAGCAAUCAGAAGGCGAAACCGACAGACCUUGAUCUGUUUUGGUGCUUCGCCAUAUCUUUACUCGGAGUGCGGGGGAAUGGAGGGGUAAUUUGUACUGAUCAUUCUUAUAAAAGGUGUCGGCAGAAGUAGAUUAGCCAUAAUCUCUCUCCUUCCACCACCAGCGCGUUUCCUUGUCAGCUCUAUCCUAGUUUGUGUCAAUAGGCGAUAAUACGAUACUACAAGAUACGAAAAAAAAAAAAAAAAUGGGCUCUACUUCGACAGUCUCCCCUCAGCCACAUGUUCCCCCUUCGGGCGUUUGGUGUCCGGCGGUCACCUUCUUCAACCAUGCGACGGACUCCCUCGACCUGACCGCGCAAUCUCAAUACUUUGCCUAUUUGUCGCGAACGGGCCUGGCCGGCUUGGUCAUUCUCGGUACCAACUCGGAAGCCUUUCUGCUCACUCGCGAAGAACGCGCUCAACUCAUCGCGACUGCACGUGCGGCUGUCGGCCCCGACUUCCCCUUGAUGGCCGGCGUCGGCGCACACUCGACCAAGCAAACCCUCGAACUCGCCCAAGAUGCUGCUGCCGCGGGUGCCAACUAUGUCCUCGUCCUUCCUCCGGCGUACUUUGGCAAAGCCACCAACAUGAAUGUCGUUAAGCGGUUCUUCUCCGAGGUCGCGGCCAAAUGUCCUAUCCCCGUCGUCCUCUAUAAUUUCCCCGGGGUGUGUAACGGUGUCGAUAUGGAUUCGGAGACGAUUAGCGCCAUCGUUCGAGAAUCUGCUGCUGCCAAUGCAAAUGGCCAGUCCAACGUCGUGGGCGUCAAGCUCACCUGCGGUUCUGUGGGAAAGAUCACCCGGUUGUCGGCAACAUUCAAGCCCGAGGAAUUCGCGACUUUUGGAGGACAGUCCGACUUCCUCAUCGGCGGUCUCGCAGCAGGCAGUGCUGGAUGCAUUGCCGCCUUUGCCAACGUGUUUCCCAAAACCGCGUCACGCGUUUAUGCCUUGUAUCAGAAGGGCCAGGUCGAGGAGGCCAGAAAACUGCAGGGCCAGGCUGCCUUGGCGGAAAGUCCCAUUAAGAGUGGCAUCGCAUCGACCAAGUAUGCGGUGUCCUACUAUACAGCUCCCUUAGCAGGUAUUGCCGGUGCAGAGGAGAUGCUUCACCCGCGUCAUCCCUAUGAGCCUGUGGCAGAAGCCUCAAAGAAGGCCGUGCGUGAGGUGAUGGCCGAGGUGGGAGAAAUCGAGAAGAGCUUGUAAGAGAUGAAAAGGAAGAAAGCAACUCCAACAUAAAGAUGAUAAUAAGAUAUGAGAGAUAUACCAAUAAAUGUUC